AUGAGUCUACCAGACGAAUCUACCGUUUCAAUGAGUGGACGAACGGUCCAAACCGAUUGGAUUGUUGGAAUUGCUAUGAUGGUUGUCUCUGUUUCAUGUGCAAUCGCCUAUUAUUUGAUUUUAUCGACAAUCUACAAAGACAAGGAACUAUUCCGAAUGGCCAGCUACAAGUUCAUGUUUUUCUUGGGCGUAUUCGACGUUUUUCAAUGCUUUCCUCAUUUCGUCACCGGAAUUUUUACGGUAACCCAGACAGUUUUCCAUCCCGGUUUGGCGAAAGUUAUGGGUGUAAUUGCUACUCCGUGUUAUGUGACUUUCACAUUGCUCACUAUAUUUCUCUCCUUUAAUCGAUUCAUUCAAUUAUCUUCAAACACUUUGGAGCUAUUCUUUUUUGGUGGAAAAAGAUGGAUGAUCUGGAUCCUAAUUGCCUCAUUCAUCUGGCUUCUAUUCGUUCUUGCUCUAUCUUCCCCUUGGGCCACAAUUCGAUAUAUUCCUGAUUGGUAUUCAUGGGAUUAUGACACAGAUUUACUAUUCUCAAAAUACGUUCAAAAAGUGGAAAUGUGUAUUGAGAUUGGAGGAAUUUUUGUGUCCAUGUUUUUCUACAUGCUCAUUAUCAACAAGUUGUUGAAGACCAAGAAACAAUAUUUGAUCUCGAAAAGUUAUAAUGCAGAGAUCAAAGUGUUGAUUCAAGCGACAGUGAUUACGGUUUAUUGCACUGUUUUGAAUGUUUUAUGGCAUAAUUAUUCGUGGCUGCUCCCUCAACAUCUCUGGAGCUACACGGCUCUCAAUUUCAUGUGGAUUUGCAAUAGCGCAGUUCAUCCUAUCAUUUAUUUUAUUGUCAAUAAAGCCAUUCGCCACAAAAUCGGCACAAAACGAUCUGGAACUGCACUUGGCCCAGUUACAGUAUUCGAGAAUCGAAAAUUGGAAAAGGCAACUCAUACAGAUCAUACAAUGGUUUCUGUUAAAUACUAA